AUGGCGGUGCCGGCGGCUGCGGCGGAGCCGGGUCGGCAGCGGGCUCUGGCCGCCGGCUCGCCCGUGGACUACAUGAGCAUCACCAGCUUCCCGCGGCUGCCCGAGGAGGAGCCGAGCGGCGCGCCCGAGUGCGGCCUCCGCGCCCGCAAGGAGGAGGACGCGUUCCUGGGCGAGCAGGACACGGACCCAGAGUCCUUCCUGAAGUCUGUGCGGCUCCAGCGCCUGCCCUCAUCCUCCUCAGAGAUGGGAAGCCAGGAUGUGUCCCCUCUGCAGGAGACCAGCAAGGAUCCCUUCUCUGGAGACUGCAGCUGCCAGCAGGAUGGACUGACUGUCAUCAUCACUGCCUGCCUGACCUUUGCCACGGGUGUCACUGUGGCCCUUAUCAUGCAGAUCUAUUUUGGGGACCCUCAGCUAUUCCAGCACGGUGCUGUGGUGACGGACGCCAUGCGCUGCACUGCGCUGGGCACCCAUGUGCUGGCCAGGCACGGCUCCUCGGUGGAUGCAGCCAUCGCCUCGGCCCUCUGCACUGGCAUCAUCAACCCCCACACCUCAGGGCUGGGAGGGGGCGGGGUGAUGUUGGUCCACGACAUCCGCAAGAACAGGAGCUGGGUGAUCGACUUCCGUGAGGUGGCUCCCCUGGGCAUCCCACUGGAAGGAGACCUGAAGCAGGACACCAAGCCAGGUCUGCUCGUGGGGGUGCCAGGCAUGAUCCAAGGAAUGCACCAGGCACACCAGUUACAUGGCAGACUCCCAUGGUCCGAGCUGCUGAGCCUCACAGCCGAUGUCGCCCAGACUGGCUUUAAUGUCACACAUGAUCUGGCCAAAGCCCUGAGUGAACUGAAGGACCUGAACUUCUCUGACCGAUUCCAUGAGAUCUUCCUGCCAGGUGGGCAGCCCCUGCUGCCUGGAAUGUUCGUCCGGCGCCUGGACCUUGCGGCUGUGCUGCAGCUGCUGGGGGCAGAAGGGGUGUCAGCCUUCUACAGUGGAAACUUGACCCAGGAGAUCAUCUCCGAGGUCCACAAGUAUGGAGGUGUCCUGGUGGAGGAAGAUUUCAGCAAUUACAGUGUCACUGUGGAGGAGCCUGUGCACACAAUCUAUCGAGGGCACCUUGUUUUCACGCCCCCACCUCCACAUGCAGGUCCUGCACUGAUCACAGCACUGAACAUCCUUGAGGGCUUUAACAUCACAAGGCAAGGAUCCAGAGGGAAUAUCUUACACUGGAUGGCAGAGACACUAAAAAUAGCCCUGAGCCUAGCAAGCAACUUGGGAGACCCAUCUGGUGAUGUGUCUGUCACUCACACAGCAGAGGGCAUGGUGAGUAAAUCAGAAGCCAAUUCCCUGCGCCAGCUGAUCAAUGACUCCCAGUCCUUCCCAUCUGACCUUCGUGUGCCUCACUCUGCCCUGCAGAGUGGCACCGCCGCCAGCCAGGUCCUGGUCAUGGGUCCCGAUGACUUCAUCGUCGCUGUGGUCAGUUCUUUGAAUCGUCCCUUUGGCAGUGGAAUAGUAACACCCUCUGGAAUCCUCCUGAACAGCCAGAUGUUGGACUUCUCCUGGCAAAAUAAAACAAUGAACCACUCCAUUCCCAGGCCGCAAAACCUCCUUCAGCCUCGGAAGCGGCCGCGGUCGUUCCUGCUGCCCACCAUCGUGAGGCCCUCUGUGGGGAUGUGUGGCACCUACCUGUGUCUGGGAGCCAACAAUGGGGACAGAGCCCUGAGCAGCAUCGUCCAGGUUUUGGUAAAUGUUUUAUCGCUUAACAAGAAUCUGAGUGAAAGUUUGUCACUUGGUCGACUUCACCCCCAGCUUCAGUCCAACACCUUGCAGGUUGACAGUGAGUUUCCUGAAGAAGAUAUUGAAUUUCUUGUGGCCAGGGGCCAUCAGGUGGAUAAAGUCCCAGUGAUGUCCCUGGUUCACGGGGUCAGGAGAACCAACAGUUUCAUCAUUGGCCUGAAGGACCCCAGGAGUGCAGAUGCUGCCGGAGCCACAACCUUGUAG